AUGACCAUAUCAUCUUAUUUGUUCGUGCAAAAGAGGAGCGCGGCCACCACAUUAAGGCAGCCAAAAGAGAUAGGUUAUUACUCCAAGAACAAGGAUGAGGAAUUUUUAGUAAACGAUAAUUCUAAGCUAAAUUUUUAUUAUAUGCCAGACUCCGACCUUGAUAGACAGCUCGAUUUGUCUGGCGGAAUCAAAAAAUUUAAGGAUGCCACUGUUGCCGCUAUAAGAGAUCCUUGUACAUUGGAAGGGCUACUUUCUACGUUAGGAACGUAUGAGAAGAAAAAAGCGAAGAAAGUCUCAGCAGACAUUAUCACUUUCCGAGGAAUCAUGAGGAAGCUCAUUUCAGCUGCUUUCGAUUCUCCCAAGUUCAACACAGUGGACCUCAUUAUUCUGUCAUUUGACGGACAGCUUUUCAUCAAGGAAGUCCAACAGGCUAAGCCUCCAGGCGCCACCACAAACAGUUUGGAGUACAGGUCCUAUUACAGCGGGUAUAAAUUUGAGACUUUGGCUACUAUUUCGAAACCUCUACCAUUCGUUUCGCGAGAGACUCUUGAAAAACGGCCGAAGAAAAUUGUCAGCAAUGGUGAACAAUUCGUGAGUGUUGUGCGUUCUGGAGUGGGAAAUUGCAAAUUAGUGCUUGGUGCGGAGGUUGACUGCAUUUUUGAUUUUAAAGAAGAUUCAAGCACCAAUUUGAAGCACUAUGCAGAAUUAAAAUGCACUAAGGGUGUCAACUCUUUCGCAGACGCGCGCAACUUCGAGAAAAAAAUAUUCAGAACAUGGCUGCAGUGCUUCCUAGUAGGCAUCAAUAGAAUUAUCUAUGGGUUUCGUGAUGACAGGUUCAUUCUCAAAAGCGCGGAAGAGUUCACGACUAGCGAAAUUCCAGUUUUGUUAAAGACCAAUAGCGGCCCGCUUGCAAAUGCGUGCAUGGAUGCGAUAAAAUGGUACGGCGCUCUAACGGAGUGGCUACUCGCCACAAUACCACGUGAAAAUGGAUCCUUAGAGGCAAAAGCAUUUACUUUGACAUUUGAUAACAAUCAUUUGAAGUUGAACGAACUGGCAAAAGAUCAUCCCAAUUACGAAAGUGUGGUCAACGGUGACGAAGUUCUGACUAGGGAGUUCCGUGACUGGAGAAAAUCUCUUGCAAAUGCAUCGACCCAAGGGGUAAACUUUUGA